GCUUCUAAUCAUUUCAGCCAAUCAAGCGUGUUUUCUCACAAACGAAUGCAUUUACUGAGGGCCUACAUCUUACUACGAAGGUGCAAGGCUGUAAUACUAAGCGCUUCUGCGCCUUCCUAAAUGUACAGUGUUUGCUAUAAGAAACUUUGAGAUGACUGGUACCUCUGGCUGUUAACCUGGAAAGGACGCGUCUAGCUUUAUCUUACUUAUCACCUGCGCAACUUCAAAUUUUGAGUCGGUCUCCCUUAUCCCCAUAUAUUCAUAUCAUCCAUUCAUAUCAUCUGUUCAUAUCAUCUGUUCUCCCUGCCUUACUCAGUCCGGCUUUAUCACGUACUUAGUAAGGUUAACCUCAACAUCACCAUAAUGGCCGUUCUUAACGAAGUGCCCGGGAUCGAGGUCACUGUGGCCAUCAACAACGUUCAAUGCGUAGAGUAUGAAGAUCCAGAUGCUGCAGGGAAACGAACCGCUCGCCCGACAUCAUCGAAAUUCGUCGAGUCAAUAGAUGAGGCUAAAUUUGCAAUCGACUAUAAAGUGCACCAUAACUACAACUGGGGUCACAAAGGACAUAGCCUUCAAUUUAAUUGUUGGGUUGAUAAUAAGCAUAUAGGAGGUAAAUUAGCCCGAAGUAGAGACGUUACGCCCUUUAAACCAGCUGGCGCCCAAAUCAAUGGCAUGAUAGUCUUCGACGACGCGACCAACUCCUGGGGUAAACAAAAGCUCAGGUUCGCUGCAGUAAAGACAGUCGACGUUGCGAUAUCAGAACGUGUUGAGGAGGACUUGCAGGUGUCUAGGAACAUUGGCGUCAUCAAAGUGGAGGUUAGGCGUUGCAUUGAAGGUCGAAGAGUGCCAUAUAUGCCAGGCCAUCGUCGAAUCCUACCACAGGAUUCCUUUGAGCUUGCCGAAAAAUCUCUUAAGGGAAAAGCUAUCUCUCACGGUGCUACGUUCUCUGCUAUCAAACGCACCCGGGUUCGUGAUAUGCUGCAGACCUGGCCCUUUCCCGGUGACAAUGGCCCUAUCGCCAUCUUUCAAUUUCAAUAUAGAUCGAAGAAGGCAUUGCAGCAAGAAUUGAUCAUUCCAUCCUCGCCACGCCGUUCGCUGACCCUGGGUGGCCUUUCCGAGACUGAGCGGGAUCGCCUUGCGGGCGAGAGGCUGCGGCAGAUCAAGGAAGAGGAGAAGCAGCAUGUUAAGCAGGAGGCGUCGGUCAUCAAGAAGGACAGCAUUGAUGUCAUCGACUUGACUGGGGAAGAUUAGCUCGGCCAGCCUUGGACCAUUGAGGCCAAUGAGUCUCAAUAUUGCGGUUUAUGAGGAACGGCGAAUCAAGGAGCAUAUUGACAAUAUCCAUAUUGCACAUGUAAGAGGUCUAGGGAAUGUCUGAGAGAUAGUGAUUGAGCACUAGCAUAGCAAAAAAAGGAGUUCCAGGGUGGGAAUCUUGUUACGGGAGCUGUAGCUGUUCUCGAUUAGGGUUAUGGCACUUUUUCUACGCAGAUAGUACAUUUGCUAAUGGUCUGAAUUUUGAUUCCUUUUCCUUCUUUUCUUUUCAAGCAACUGUAUAAUCCAGCUCUUGCUGUUCUUACCAAUGUAAAGAUUUAGGAACCCGGCUUAUUUGGGUCCGUAUUACAUAAUACAUACGAUCUGGUUGCUAUAUACCUAGAUUAUAG